AUGACGCACGGUAGUAAUAAUGAUUCUACCAAGAUUUCCUCGUGGUUGCAAAAGAAAGCGGAAUGGCGCUUUGCCUGGGAUCGUCGUUUCGUGGUACUUGAGGGGCUGCGGCUGUCGUAUCGAAUAGAAGAAAAUGGGCCCGUGAAGAAAUGUGGCAUUAUCGCAUCACUUCUUCGUCAGGUUGAUUCUAACAACUCACAUGCAUUUCGUGUAUGGCUGAAGGAUGGUGAAUGUUGGACUCUGCGGGCUGAGAGCAGUGAAGUACACCAAAUGUGGGUUGACGAAAUUACUCAUGUGCUUGAGAGGGAGGCGUUGUUUGACGCAAAAAAUACACGUAAAGGUAUGGUACUAAAACAAGGACUGUGGACGGGCAAGUGGAGGCAGCGAUUCGUGGAACUUGAGGGGUGCCGAAUUGCGUAUCGUGAAAAGAAAGAGGGUCCGGUACGGCACCGCUAUGAAAUCGUUUCAGCAGACGUUCGAAGAGGUGAGGAGAGCAAAGGGGACGAACUGUUAGUAACAACAGAAGGGGGUAAUUCGUUCUGGCUCAAGUUUACAACGCCCGAGCAGUGUGAAGAUUGGAUGUGUACUAUGUUGCGUGGGGUGAGGCGUUCCUUGCCGUGGCAUUGGUUGCCGGUGAUACCUCUACGGCAUCCUCUCCAUUGUGAAAUUGGGCUACAAUUUCAUGCCGCUUCCAGCACUACAAGAGGUGGUUCGACUGUGUACUGCUACGGCGGAUCCCCCACCUCGGCACUCUUUCGUUAUCUUCCCUCUAAUGAUUUAUUUGUACCAUUAGUUCAACGAGGAACAGUUGUGCGUAAUCUCGUGUCUAUCCGACUAUCUGCACAGCAUCCUAUUAGUUUUGUUGACGCCUUGCCGUACGAGGAAAGCGCGCAUGCUAAACUCCGUCCACCUCCCUUGCUUGGUGCUGCCAUGUGCACCCUCAGGGGUGUCCGUUCCUCUCCACAAGCUGCAGCAUCAUAUACCGAUGAUUUUAAUACAAGCGCCGGUUCUUCUGCCGUUGUGAAUGGGAACUCGUGCACAAAUUUGGUCGAUUGCCUUGUUUUGGUAGGUGGUCGUGGAGAUUCAGGUAUAAUACGUGAUGCCACAACAGAGGUGUGGUGGUGCGUUUUCAGUGAAACACGUGGACAGUGGACUCGCUGUGCUGUGGAGAAGUCUGUGCUCCCUAAUCGCACGUUCCACACACUAAGUGCCAUUAGCCCAAAGGAGGCGAUUCUUGUUGGUGGUGUCGAUGAGAACAAUCAGCCAUGCUCCGAGUGCUUUUCACUGUCUUGGUCCAAUGAGAUCGACGAUGCGGAUAUUUGCUUCUCUUUCCCACCCACAAUAACAGCUGUGACCCCUCUUCCAUAUCCCCUCGCUCUCCACGCAGCGGUGGUAAUGAAGGAUGGUUCGCUGCUUGUUGUGGGAGGCGGAGAUACGAGUCGAGGAUCACAACCAACCUCUAGUCAUUUUUUUCGUUUGGCUGACGUUGGUGGAUCGUGGGAACGAGUAACAUUAGAACCCCCGCUACCAUCCAUGUACAAUAUCACCGCCGCGGCGGCUGUUAUCGAAGAUAAAGAAUAUGUGCUUGUUUUGGGGGAGCCCCGAAAUGCGCGGCGAGUGCCCACGUUGUACAGGGUAAUAUUUAAAGACUACACAAAAGGAACUGUGGACGAGAUACCAUUUGUUAAUGAGUUUAAGCCCCAGUGUAGCUAUGGAGCGUCAAUGCAUAUAUCGGAUGGCUAUUUGUAUAUUAUUGGUGGAAGGGUGUGUGGUCCUGUGGAAAACGACUACGAAUCGGGGCUGCCGAUGAACGAACCGAUUAGGGCAGUGAUUGGCGUUAGGGAGGAUCCUGCUAAUUAUGACGAAAGAGCAGAAUAG